AUGAGUCCCAGCAUUACUACUGAGGCCAACCAGCUUCUCCCGGCCAGGUCCACCGUGGCCCAGAGAAAACAAGCCAACGAACUGAGAAAGACUCUUAAACCCUUGCUGGAGAAGAAAAGACGUGCUCGUAUCAACGACAGUCUCAGUCAUUUGAAAAGCCUGAUUCUUCCUCUGGUUGGCAAAGACAACGCACGCUACUCCAAGCUGGAGAAAGCUGACAUUCUGGAAAUGACAGUCCGUUUCCUCAGAGACCUUCCUUCCACUCCAGUCAAAGACUCCGCAGAGAGUUACAGAGAAGGCUACAAAGCCUGCCUCCAGCGCGUCUCCACUCUGCUUCCCAAAACGAGCCUGGACCAAGACGCGUGUCAGCGGGUGAACGAAUUCGUCCAGCAGUCCACGUCCGCCACCGUCACCCCAACCUGCCUGAACUGCUGCGCUCAGAGCUCCAGGACUCUCCCUCAGAUCCAACAGAGACUCCUGAGCCUCAAAUCCAGCUUCAACUCCAGCUCCAGACUGGAGAGCCAGUCCCGCAGCAGCGGCGGCGCAGUGGCUCCCAGCCGAGCGCAGUCCGGCCCGCAGGCUGUUGGCGCUGCCAUGUGGAGACCUUGGUAG